GGGACGGGGAAGGGAGUCACAAUCUAUACCAUCGAUUCAGGCGUCAGGCAGAGCCACCAGGAAUUUCAGGCCUGGAACGGGGGCCACGGCCGCGCCUCCUAUGGGCGUAACUUUGCCGGUGGCAAGAAUGACGGGGACGCGAGCGAUUGCGACGGCCACGGCACGCACGUUGCCUCCACCGCCGCCGGCCGCACCGUGGGCGUUGCCAAAGAGGCCUCGGUCGUUGCACUGCGCGUUCUCGACUGCGCCGGCAGCGGCCGCAUCAGCGACGUGGUGGCAGCGCUGGACUGGCUGGCGGCCAACCACGCAUCGCCGGCGAUAGCGACCCUUUCCCUAGGGGUUCCCGAGGGGAAAUGGUCCAAUGCGCUCAGUGACACUGUGAAGACACUGAUUGAGGAUCACUCGGUGACAGUGGUGGUGGCGGCAGGGAACUCAGCGGUAGACAGCUGCCUGAUGUCACCCGGCAACGUCAACGGCACGCUCAAUGUGGCGGCCUCGGACCUCGGCCCGCAGAAGUUCAACGGCCCGCAGACUUCCGCCGCUGACAGCAUCUACGAGUACAGCAACACCGGCCGCUGCAUUGACCUGUUUGCUCCGGGCGUCAACAUCCUUGCAGCCUGUGGCGGCAGCGGGCGGUGCAAGCAGCUGAAUGAUAGCUCGUACGCAUGGGCAUCGGGCACUUCCAUGGCGGUUCCCCACGCGGCCGGUGUGGCAGCCAUCUACCUGUCAGACCACCCAAGCGCAACACCCGAGCAGGUGAUCAAGGCCAUCAUAAGUGUGGCUGGCCAGGGCCGCAUCAAGUCAUCUGCUCUGCUACCGGGCACUCCAAAUCUGCUGCUGAGCUCUGACCUGUACGGAGACUACCGCUCUCGAGUCACCGCCGCUUCCGGCCCCUGA